UAGUGAAAGACAGUCUGGCCUCGUCCUCAAGGUGACGUCAUCGUGUAACCGCCUCUGACUGUAUCAUGCAUAGUAGUGUAUUGGUACCGCCUCGUCAAACGCUAAACCUACAGGUGGACGUCGUAAAAGCAGUAUUGUUCUGCGAGGAGGAAAUCAAGAAAGUGAAAAAUAUAUAUACACUUCUCAAGAUGACCAUAUCUUCAUCCAUGACAGAUGAUACACGCUGAAACAUCAAAAAAGUGAGUUUUAAAUGCAGCAUACUCUGAUCGAUAAACUGAUAUCAGGAGUCAAUUGUGGUGUGUGUGUAUGUAACUGUUGCUGGAGUGGUAUACGGUUUUGACAAUGAAAAUGGCUUCUCGCUGGCUUUACGUUGCUGUAUUGAUCACAACUCUUGGCAGUUUACCGUUAAUUACAGCACAGUUGUUUAUGGUUGAACCGAGGGAUGCUGAAAUUAUGCUCAACGACAGCGUGACAAUGCGGUGUACGAUAACAUACCAACCUGAUGCCACUGUGUUCUGGUCCACCCCCGGUGCUUCGACUCUCAUCGGGGCUACCACUCCUCUAGAAAACCUCGAGGGUCGAUUCUCCAUAAUUAACGGCCAGAGCGGGGAGAAUAACCUGGUGAUAAAUAAAGUUCUUCCGCGGGAUAGCGGUCCUUAUGUCUGUAUCGUCAUUAUAGCCAACGGUUUCGAAACAACUCGGUUCGAAUCUGAAACUGGAACCUUAAGGGUUGUUCAAGUGCCCGAGAGUGGGGAUACAGUGUGCUGGACGGAACAAGGGAGAAUGGCUAGUGUUGGGGACCCCAUAUCCCUCAAAUGUGCCUCGAGCGACCCCACUGUGAGCUUGACGUGGUUUGUUGGGGACGUGGAUCUGAGUUCUUCUCCCGUGAGUAUUUCCCCAAGAGGGACAGGGAUCGAGACUGAAUUCCUCGCCCAGUCCCAGACCAAUUUGAAGACGUACACAUGCCAGCCGAAUAGUGGAGACUACACCCCAUGUUCUGUGACUCUAGAGGUGCAGCAUCCACCAGUUGUGCUCAUUGAGGAAGAAGGAGUUAUCGAGACCGGACUUGAUGCCAGAUUCAAGUGCAUGGCUACGGGAAACCCGGAUAACUUUGCCUUUAUUUGGCACUACAACGGCUACCAGGUUGGGUUCGAAGAACAUUCUAGGUUCAACAGGGCUAGACUUGAAUCCAGCGGCUCUGUUCUGGUGCUACCGGGUUUGGAAGAUGCUGAUAAUAAUGUGACGCUACAGUGCGAAGCUGUUAAUGCUCUGGGUUCUGAGAAAGCGACGCAUGUGAUAAACGCACGGGCCGGUAAGACUCUGGCGCAGGUCAUCGGUCCGAUCAUCUUGGGCAUCAUCCUCGGACUUGUGCUCAUCGUCUUGUUCCUGUACUUCCUCUGGUGGCGAAGACAGCGUAUCAAAGUCGAGGAAAUCACCAAGAAGAACAAGAGUGUGAAGAGGAGCGACUCCCGACGCACAGAGGUGCCUUCGGUUGACACGGGCAUCGUCUACACACAGACCGUGGGUGGAUUCGGCAGUCGGUACGGGAAGAAAAACGCGUCCAACGGCGACCUGGCACGCUCGGGACUCGAUCUGGAGUCUGUCGGCUACGGGCCGGAUGUCACCAAUAUCCCUGCCUAUAGGGCAACGGCUGAAGAGGAGAAAGAAGACGACGGGGCACUGAGGCCGAUUCCAAGAAAGAAGAGCACUUCAUCUCUGUCAUCAAUGGCGGCAACUAACCAUCCAUCGUCAUCAACAACUGCAGACGAUGCUAGUCUCAUCAGCCCAAAGGACGAGUCGUCGGCUUUCACCUACCAUGUCAAUCCACAUUUCGAGGACUAUCGCUUCCCUCCAAUCGAGAGCCAAUCCGAAAAUGAUUUUGGUUCGGACGAGAAGAAGGAAAAACUGCAAAAUCGCAAUAUCGAACCCGAAACCCCCGACACAAACUUCCAUAGCGGUGAUGAUGAUAAUAUUAUUAGCACUGAGUUGUAAAAAGAAAAUAAUACACAUUUUGUUUUGCUUGCCACUAUUAUAGAUGCGAGCUUUUUAAGCUGAAUUUAACAAGGAUUUGGUCAAAGGGUGAACAGAUUUGAUGAAAAUUAAAAAACCGUGUGUCAAAGAAAUGUUUCAUUUAUCGUACAUUGACAUGAAAAUGUUGGAUAAAGCAGGGUGUCCGUAAGCCACCAAGACGCCCAUCUGGAUAUCACUAGGCCUAUGAGUUCACUGCAAGGGAAGGUACAGCAGUGUACAGUGUGUCUCUAAAAUAAAACCAUACACUUUCAAAAUGGCUGCCGAAUAAAAAUAAAUGAUUCUGGGGGAAAAGAUAUCGAUGUAUGAAUAGCUUAUGGACUCAACUUUCAUAUGACAAAAAACAAGUCCGAAAAUAAUUAAUGAUUGGGUGAGCACCGCUCACUUUUGUAAAGGGCAUGAAAAUUAGGUUGCGCAGUAAUUAGGCUUCCAAUGUGUGAGAGGUAAGUCUUUUGGAGCUUACAAAAUUCACUCCAAGAUGUCGGCUACUUAUUCUUCAGUGAGCAGUGGAUAACCCAAGCAUGAAUUAGUUUCGGAUUUUUUGUUGUUGUAUCAUUAUGAAAAUUGAAUAUAAAUUGUAAUUUAACCAUACAUCUAAACCCUUUCUCCCAGAAUCAUUUAUUUCUAUUCGGCAGCCAUUUCAAAAGUGUAUUUUUUUUAACACACGGUAUACAACUUAAAACACACGUUGUAAAUCUCCUGUCAAACGUUUAAAAACAAGGGUAAAAGUUUGACAUGGCAUUUGUAUUUUUUGUAGGUUUUGGUUAAAUCUUAUUAAAAGAAAACGAGGCAAGCGCCAAAGCUGAAUUACAUCGCUUUUAAUUACUUCACUUUUUGGCUCAAAAAUAUAAGAAAGACCAUUUUUGUCACGAAAUAUAAUAUAAAAACACAAUGUACAAAAGAUACUAUAAUAAAGGAAAUCAAUAGACUUUUUUUAAUGAAAAAAAAUUUUACUUAAAAAACUGUAAAAGUUGAAGAAAUUACGCAUGUAUAAAGGCAGAUAAUUGAUCAUUGUUUUAAAGCAUGUAGAAUUAGAAGUCAUAAUGCCAAUACAAUUAAUCUGCAGUAAGUUGUUUUUGUAAUUUUUUCUUUUAGUUAAUUCAAAAUUCAAACUGAAAGAUGGCAAGAAAUUCUCAAUUUGCAUAACUAUUUUUACCACGUGUAUAUAUAUAGCCUACAUAAAUAUAUAACAAGUUUUUGUAUUUUAAAAUUGUUCUUUUAAAAGCAAUAUGACCCAUACUAAUAAUUGCUUAAAGUUUAUAUUGCUGGAAAUCGAGGCAUUGCCCAUCCGGAUUCGGUCAAAAGGGUAUGAAAAUUCGCUGGAAAUUCAAAUACUGGGUGUCAAAAUUGUUCUUUUACAAAACAUUUACAUCUAAAUGAAAGUUAAAAA